GCUCGACGUGAUGACGUCAACGAAAUCUUCGUCGCCGGAACUUUGGAUGCUCGCUCCGCACUUCUUUUUUGCUUCGCGUUUUGAAAAAUGCUUCGCUUUUCACGCCUCCCGGCUCGCUUCCGCCUCUCGCCGUCCGCUCACCGCUGGGCAGGCCUCUCAACAGGAGCCCGAGAAGAAGGAGGAGCCUUGUACGAGUUUCGCACCUACCAAAUCCGCCCGGACCGAAGCUCCGCCUUCCUGGAGCUAACCAAUGAGAAGAUUCACCUCCGGACCGCCCACUCAGAGCUCGUCGGCUACUGGAGCGUCGAGUACGGCGCCCUUAAUCAGGUCUUCCAUAUUUGGAAGUACGACUCGUUCAGCCAUCGCGCCGCGGUGCGCGCGGCGCUCGCUCAGGACGAGCGUUGGAUGGCCGAGUACAUCAGGCCGGCCAUUCCGAUGCUAACGUGUCAAAACAACCAUGUCGCCGCCCUGCUGCCCUGGAGCCGCAUCGACGCGCCGCCGCGCCACGGAGGCGCGUUUGAACUGGCCUCCUUCAGGACGCGCCCGGGCGCCGCCGCGCUGUGGGCCGCUCCUCUCGGGGAUUCCGCCGCCUGCCGCGACGCGGGCGGGCGCGCCCGCUUGCUCGCCGCUUUCCACAGCGACAUCGGCCACCUGGACACAGUUUACACCCUGCGCUGGUUCGAGAGCGCCGACGAGCGCCGAAGUGUGGAAAGCGACGCGGCAGUGGCGCGCGGACUCGGCCUGCUGCAAUCCCGGAAGACCAAAGUCAUGUUCCCGUGUUCCUUCUCACCGCUCAAGUGAUUGUCUGAAAGUGGAGCCGUCGGCGGCGGCGGCGAUGGCGGCUGGGCUUUCAUCAAACUCUGUCACCACCGAGACACGGAAACCUGUUUUUGGCUUCCAAAUAAACGUGUGCAAC